AUUUUGAACUGUGGUUUUUCAUGCAUUAUCUUUAGCAUAACAACGAAAGCACUCCUUUGCUCCUCUAUAUUUUGCGAUGAUCAUGUUCAUUAAAAUGUAUCGUUGUUUUGUCCCACUCCCUACUCUCUGAAAUAAAUGAAAUUCGUCGAUGGUACCGACACAUCUACACACCUGGUUUCCCCGUGAUGACUUCUCCUUUAACUGUGUCGUAUAUUAGGGUCUAAAUUUCAUCUUACCUAAAAAAUAAGUAAUUAAGUGGUUUUUCUGUCUUUACUCUUAUCUGGGGUUCUUUUUGUCGUUUACGUGUAAUAAUCUGUGGGUCUUCUUCUUCCACCAAAAUGGCACGGACAUCGCAGCGUCUAUCUUUUUCGUGGUUCGUGCUAGAUCUUCGCGCUUGCGGCCUUUUCUGUUCGUUUUUGGUUUUUUUGAGCUUGUUUCUCGACAAUUCAGUAGCCGCAACCAGUUCGGCAACAAACGGGACAGCAUCUACUCCUGUGGUGCAGCAUGCUUUUAAGCAUCCUGCGGAGCUGCGUCGUGGGUUGACGCCGGAAGAAGCGUUGAAGCAGUACCUGUUCGGAACGUAUUCGAGCGAUGCGCUGCCGUACGUAGAUGGACCGGUCCAGGUGCGGGUUGGCAUCUACGUGCAAGCGCUGGAGGACAUCAACCAGCUAGACGGGACGAUUCGACUGGCUGUGUGGCUUCGACAGAAGUGGAAUGAUCCACGACUGACAUGGGGACCCACGAUUAAUGUAACCGCGAUCGCGGAGCCGGAUGGGCGCGUCGUCGCGGAGGAGGAUAUUGCGAUCCUGCAAUCCUUGGGCUAUUCUCUGGUUACCCGGGAACUUGCUGUUCCCAGCUUCUUUUCUGUGCCGACGGAUUCGGGAAAGAUGAGCCGCGCUGUGUGGGUGCCGGAUCUGCUUCUGUACAACACGGCCGAAAAACCCAUGAAGGAUUUGACCUACUCACAGGCAAGCGUCUACAGUAGUGGAGGCGUCAUCUGGAGUCGGCCGGGGAUGAGCAAGGCUUUAUGUGAUUUCAAAUUGCGGGAUUUUCCGUAUGACGUGCAGACCUGCGAAUACAAAUUCGGAUCUUGGGGUUACGACGCGGGCGCGCUUAAGCUCCUCCCAUACAGUACAAGUGCAGCUGACGACGACUUCAGCGGAAGCGUAGACAUUGACAAGGAGGAAGUGAUUGUGAACUCCGAAUGGGCCAUUAAGAGCGGUCGCGCAUGGAUCGUGCAGAAAAUGUACAACUGCUGCCCACACCCCUACGAAACAUUCCACAUGCAACUAACUGCGACAAGACAGGGAAAGGUACAACUUAAACUAAGUACAACUUCAUCGUCUAGGUCUACACAAGUUCUACUACCGCUGAAAAUUGAAAUAAUUAGAAAUUGAAAUUACUUAUUUAUUAAUUUAACUACAACUUGAAGACAUCAAAAUAUAUUUAUAUUUGAUUUGGAACAUACAGGAGCUUCACCUGUAGAUGAAGGUGGAUAAUGAUCCAAAUUCAUAUUGUAGUUGACGUGAAGACUAUACGCACUAGCGUCUUCGUUAAAAAUCACAAUCAGGUGUAUACCGCGACUUUUGUCGUGCCAGCCGCGAUGUUAUGCGUUUUGAUGUUGCUGUUGACACCCUGUAUUCCAUGGCAAAGUGGCGAGCGGGUAGGAUUUUUGACGACCUUGAUGCUUGCUCUCGUCGUCUUCGUGCUUAUGGCAGAGGAGCACUUGCCAAAAGGGGAACAGACCACCUGGCUCUCUGAAUAUUUGAUGGUUCUCUUCUAUCUGGCGGCCGCGAUUUUACUCGGAAUCAUCCUGCUUACUCGUUACGAGGAACACUUACACAAUAAGAAAGAGGACGAAAAGGCUAAACGGCAAACAGAAUUAUUGGAAAAACAGACAACUCUUUUAGAGCGUCAAACCAGCGCGGCGGCUGCGUUUCCUGCAGCAAGUAAGCCAAAGACGAUGGCCGGAAGGCUCUGGGGGCGAGCACUUGGCUCCCUCGGAGGAGGUGCUAAUAAAACUGCACCGAUAACAGCCGGGCGAAGCGCUGGAGGAGCAUCGCCAGCGUCCUUGCUGCUCGCUGCAGCCAGGGCUUCAAAGGAAAAAGAUGAAGCGCAAGAAGGCGCUGUAGUGGAAAGUGGAAAUAGUCAAAAUGGAACUCAAAAUAAUGGAACGACCUUGUUGCAGAGAAUAAAGUCACAACAGGGGGAGGAAGAAGAAUCCACUGUCGCUGUUACUGUUGCCGGAGAUAAACAAGAUGAAGUUCGGAACAGCGUAACAGUGCUGACUCCUUCAUAGGCGAAUAUCAUAUGAUCACGAGGACGGUUAUGAGAUAGAGGUAAACAUAAGAACAUGAACAAGCAUUCGCCCAUCGUCAUACUAAGAACAAAAAGAAAAAACGCGACCAUUCUAAUAUUUUCCUGUCUAGUAAAAAAUAUGGAUACAACGAGAUCGAGACGAAGGUUCAUGUAAGUAGCUGUAGGACUAGUAUUUUGCUCCUGUUCUAGUUCGGCAACAGCAAAAGCAUGCAAUCACUAUGACUAUGUAGCUAUUACUAUAAGGUCGAAGGUGAGACCUCUGGGGCUGACAGGACCACGACAGCGCCGGCGCUUAGUUAGUAGUAGAUAAGUUCUUGCCUGCC